CGCACCUCAGUUUAUUCCAAAUAACACAAAACAACUGACCCCAAUAACCUCAAUUGACAGCGGGCGUGUGACACAAUUAAUGAAGCUUUGAACGUUAUCUGUGAAGUGAACUGGACAUUACACCCUGCGAUUGAUAACAAACAUUGCGUCCUACUAAAUCAACCGUUUCAAAUGAAGGCACUCUCGCACAUCUUCGUGUGGGCAAGGAUUGCAUGGUCAAAUUGUUGAAAACGGUCAUUUGAGUGAGAUCUGUACGCACUGAGGAUGAAGUUUGAUGAUAUUCUGAUCCACGUGGGGGAAUUUGGAUCGUACCAAAGGCGCAUGUACGUCCUCGUGUGUAUUCCCGCCAUAUUUACAGCUAUUCAGACCAUGGUUCCUGUCUUUAUCCUGGAUAUUCCAAAACACAGAUGUGCUAUCUCCCCCAACGAUACGUUUAACAUUCAAGGCGAAAGUCACGCGAGACUUGUGAAUGCGUCAAUCCCUUACGUGAAAGAAGGCGGCGAAUUCACACUUUCCUCGUGUCUCCUGUACAAGAGUCCCAUGAACGACAGCGCCGCCAGCAACGACACCGAGACAUGCAGCAGAUGGGUGUUCGACACUUCAGAUUUCCAGACGAAUGUCAUAACCGAGUUCAACAUUGUCUGUGACAAACGUAUCCUCCGCACGCAUUCCAACAUGGCGCUGUUCGCCGGAAGUCUAGUUGGCGCAUUUGCUAUGGGCUUCCUCUCUGAUCUAAUAGGACGUAAAAUAACAUUUUUCAUCAGCGUCGGGCUGCAGGCGAUCUCGGCCAUUGUGACGCCAUUCAGUCCCAACAUCUACGUGUUCAUCGUCAUCCGUGUUGUCAACGCCCUCUCCUCGACGUCCCUCUUCAUGAUUGCAUUCGUGCUCGGUCUAGAGAUGGUUGGGCCGUCCAAGCGGGUGCUGGCCGGUGUAGGAGUUCAACUGUUCUGGAGUGUGGGCAUUUUUCUCCUGGUGGCGAUAGCGUACGCCAUCCGCAACUGGAAGACAUUACAACUCGUCAUAUCAGUGCCUUCCGUCCUCAUGUUUGGAUUUUGGUGGCUAAUCCCAGAGUCCCCAAGGUGGCUGAUGUCACGUGGUCGGAAAGCGGAAGCGGAAUCCAUCAUUCAGAAAGCGGCAAAGACAAACGGAGUAGAACUUCCGGCCGAUAUGUUUGCUCAGCUUACCUUUGAUGAGGGAGAUCAAGGAAAGUUUACCCAAUUGUUCACCUCACGUGUCAUAAGACAUAGAACACUAGUCAUCUUCUUCAACUGGUUUGUCGUGAACAUAGUGUACUACGGUCUUGGCCUGAAUGUGCAGAACCUGAGCGGCGACAUUUACCUCAACUACACCAUCUCCAGCGCCGUAGAGACGAUGUCGUACGUUGCGUGUGUGCUGUUGCUGGACAGGGUGGGGAGGAAGCUGCUCCAUUGUACCAGCAUGUUCGUGGGAGGGUUGGCGUGUGUAGCCGUGCUGUUCCCAGUCAUAUAUCUAGCGCCCUCCUGGGUCACCAUCCUACUCUCUAUGAUCGGCAAGUUCGGCGCUUCCGCUGCGUUCGCCAUCAUCUAUGUCUUUUCUGCCGAACUCUUGCCGACUGUUGUACGCAACUCCGGGGUGGGUGCCAGCUCUACUUGUGGGAAGAUAGGCGGAAUGCUGUCUCCCUACAUUGCUGAUCUAGGUCUUCUCAUAGGCGGUGACCUGAAGGUGGCGCUGCCGCUCAUUGUGUUCGGCGGCUUAUCGGUGGCUGCCGGGGGUCUCUCGCUCAUCCUUCCGGAAACCCUGAACACUACGCUACCGGAAACCGUUGAAGAUGCCAAAGUUUUCGGCCAGUCAACCUCUGGUACCAAGUACAACAUGAAGUCGUCAGACAAGACAGCAUCUGGAGAUAUACAGCUGAAUUGUGUACAGAGAAACAAACACGUGUAACAUUGUCCACACUGUCCGCUGCAUUCUUUCCAAGCAUUUAAUAUUAUUGAGUCAUUCAUGUCACUUUCACAACUCUGUACUGAGUGGGUAUGGUUCUACGCCUCUUUUAGCAAUAUUCCAGCAAUAUCACGGCGGGGGACACCAGAAAUUGGCGCCACACCGAUGUGUACCCAUGUGGGAAUUGAACCUGGGUCUUCGGCGUGACGAGCGAACGCUUUAACCACCAGGCUACCCCACCGCCCCAAAACCUCUAAUUUAAGGAGUUUAGUCAGCCCGUUGUAAAACUGGUACCCAAAAUAACAUUACCUGUCAUUGGUUUUUUUCAACAACACUUUCUACGAAUUGAAGUGAGAUCAUAAUCGUAUUUGCAAUAUUCAAAAUAUACAUGUUUUUACCGGUUCAAAAACUGAUCAUCUGUUUUUGGAGAAUGGCCUCCUUCUUUUCCGGAAAGAGGCAGCUUAUUAUUUACACAUUUGUGACUGGUGCCACCAGUGGAACAGGAUACGUUCAAGUUUUCGCGAACACCUGAUUCUUAAAUACAUGCUCAGGAUAUAGUUGGAAGCGUGCAAGGGAUUUUUUAGCAGAUAUUUCUUAUGAUUAUGAAAAUGUUUUUGUCACUUUUAUGUUUUGUGGGACGGUGGGUAAGCCUAGUGGCUAAAGUGUUUUUGCUCGUUACGCUACGCGUUUCGGAUGACAAGAAAUGUACAUCUAGGUCAAGUAUCAACUCUUAGGGGCGCUAGAGUAGCCUAGUGGUUAAAGCAUUCGCUCGUCACGCCGAAGCCCCGGGUUCGAUUCCCCACAUGGGUACCAUGUGUAAAGCCCUUUCUGGAGUCCCCCGUCGCGAUAUUGCUCGAAUAUUGUUACAAGCAGCGUAAAACCAUACUCACUCAUUCACUUUCACUUAUGUUUUGUAUCUACCUUGUUUACACAUUGUUUAAUCGAGGUAUUGUGUGUUGAUACUCAGCAACAAAUUAUGUAGUCUUUUGACGGAUAAAUUGUUUGGAAA